AUGCCGAGACUUCCUCUGUGUUCCCCGAAGCCAGGAGAGAACGAGAUUGCCGACCAGAUUCGUCAACGUCGUCAUCCCCGUGACCUCAUCGCUCUCGAUCGUAUCCUACUCCACAAUCCACUGGUAGCAAGUGGUUGGAACAGUCUCUUUGGUGCCAUUCGAACGCACAGCAGUUUACCCGACGAUUUCAGGGAAAUUUUGAUUCUUAGGGUAGCCGCGUUAAACUCGGCGCCUUAUGAAUGGAUUCAGCAUGAAAAAGUGGGAAGAGUCGCCGGUCUGACGACCCCUCAAUUAUUGCGCAUCCGUGACACUCUCAAACCCCUCACCGAUACCCUCGAUCGGUCUCAUGUUCCAUUAUCGGAUCUAUAUUUGGCGGGACUGGCGUUCACGGAUAGCAUGACAAAGGAAAUUCAAGUCAGGGAUCUGACCUUUGAAAAACUCAAGAACGAAUUCAGCCGUCUCGGCAAUCAGCCGGAACAAGUCAACAAGAUGAUCUUGGAUGCUGUGGCGACGGUAUCGGGAUAUAACAUGGUUUCGCGGAUGCUCGUUGGGCUCGAAAUUGGGGACGAUCGGGAUCAAUCCGUCGACUUACCUGGCCUAGAAACUCGGACUGAAAAGCUGCUCAUGCGUGACGGUACUCCACUGAAUGUUCGAUACCAGCAUUUGGAUUCUCGACCAACGCUCAUGUUCUGUAAUUCAUUGCUCACCAACAUGAGAAUGUGGGACUGGAUCCUUCCGAGUCUAGCUACAAAAUACAACCUGGUCUGCUUUGAUCAACGCGGACACGGACAAUCCGGGAUCCCGAGGACUGACUGCACGAUCAGUCAGCUAGCUGAUGAUGUGUGCGAGAUUGUGAAGCAAUUAGGAAUACAGACACCAUUGCACAGUUUGAUAGGAGUAUCACAAGGCGGGGCGACUACGUUAGAAAUGUCUACUCGUCAUCUGAAACUUUUCAAGCACUACGUUGUUUGUGAUACGCAACCCUCUUCGCCCUCCGGAGCUCGAGAUGCCUGGGAGUCGCGAAUCCGAUUGGCGGAAGGCUCAGAUGAUGGAUUGAGAAAGUUAUCAGAAGCGACACUUUCCAGAUGGUUUCCGAUCGAAUCGCACAUGAAUCAGCCCAAUAACCCUACCUCAACGUGCAUACGUAGGAUGAUAGAAGAGACUAGCAUUGGGGGAUUUAAAUCAGGCGCAGCGGCUUUGUGCGAUUAUCGAGUUGAUGAGGAUCUAAUCCCCUGUGACGAAGAUCAGAAAGUCAUGUUGGUGGCCGGUGAAAGAGAUGGCAUAUUACCAAAAGUGUUGGAAGAACUCGCAGCAAGAUUGAUUAAAGCUGGCAAACCCGUAAAAUUCGUCCCUGUUCCCGGGGCUGGACAUUUACCAAUGGUCGACCAACCUUUGAAAUUUUUGAACAUCCUCGAAGCGUUUUUGGAUAGCUGA